UCAUUGUAAACAGGCGGCGGCUGGGCGGGGUGGGGAUGGGGCUCUGGAGGCCUGCUCGGAUCGCCCAGCAGGAGGGGACUACGGUGGCUGCGUGGGCCGCGUGAGCCCCUGGAGGCGGUGGCUGCGGCAGGAGCGGCGGUGGCGCGGUAGCAGGCACAGAUGUGAUGGAUAGGUAACAGAAGAUAGCCUCUCCUCUUGGCAGGGAGUCAGGAUGACCGAAUGCUUCCUGCCCCCCACAAGCAGCCCCAGUGAGCACCGCCGGGGGGAGCAUGGCAGUGGUCUUACCAGGACCCCCAGCUCUGAAGAGAUCAGCCCCACUAAGUUUCCUGGAUUGUACCGCACUGGGGAGCCCUCACCUCCUCACGACAGCCUCCAUGAACCUGCUGAUGUUGUGUCUGAUGAUGAGAAGGACCAUGGGAAAAAAAAGGGAAAAUUUAAGAAAAAGGAAAAAAGGACUGAAGGUUAUGCUGCCUUUCAGGAAGACAGCUCUGGAGAUGAAGCUGAAAGUCCUUCCAAAAUGAAGAGGUCCAAGGGAAUCCAUGUUUUCAAGAAGCCCAGCUUUUCUAAAAAGAAAGAGAAGGAUUUUAAAAUCAAAGAGAAGCCCAAAGAAGAAAAACAUAAAGAAGAAAAGCACAAAGAAGAAAAGCAUAAAGAGAAGAAGUCAAAAGACUUGACCGCAGCGGAUGUUGUUAAACAAUGGAAGGAAAAGAAGAAAAAGAAAAAGCCAGAGCCAGAGGUGCCUCAAGCUGAUGUUCCGAGUCACAGGCCCAUCUUUGGGAUUCCCUUGGCUGAUGCAGCAGAGAGAACCAUGAUGCAUGAUGGCAUUUGUCUGCCUGCAGUUUUCCGAGAGUGUUUAGAUUAUGUCGAGAAGCAUGGCAUGAGGUGCGAAGGCAUUUACCGCGUUUCAGGAAUUAAAUCAAAGGUGGAUGAGCUAAAGGCUGCCUACGACCGAGAAGAAUCUCCGAACUUGGAUGAAUAUGAGCCUAACACAGUAGCCAGUUUGCUGAAGCAGUAUUUGCGAGAUCUUCCAGAGAAUGUGCUUACCAAAGAGCUGAUGCCCCGAUUUGAAGAAGCGUGUGGGAGGGGUGCCGAGAGUGAGAAAGUACAGGAAUUCCAACGCUUGCUGAUGGAAUUGCCAGAAUGUAAUUAUCUUCUCAUUUCCUGGCUGAUUGUGCACAUGGACCAUGUUAUCUCCAAGGAACUGGAGACAAAGAUGAACAUACAGAACAUUUCCAUAGUGCUCAGCCCUACAGUACAGAUUAGCAAUCGUGUCCUUUAUAUGUUUUUCACACACGUUCAGGAGUUCUUUGGAAAUGUGGUACUAAAGCCAGUGACAAAACCUCUCCGAUGGUCUAACAUGGCCACUAUGCCCACACUGCCAGACACCCAGGAGAACAUCAAGGAGGAGAUCCGAAGACAGGAGUUUCUCUUGAAUUGUUUACAUCGAGAUUUACAAGGUGGCAUAAAGGAUUUAUCAAAAGAAGAAAGAUUAUGGGAAGUACAAAGAAUUUUGACAGCCCUCAAAAGAAAACUGAGAGAAGCUAAAAGACAAGAGUGUGAAACCAAGAUUGCACAAGAGAUAGCCAGUCUUUCAAAAGAAGAUGUUUCCAAAGAAGAAAUGAGUGAAAAUGAAGAAGUUCUAAAUAUCCUCCUUGCCCAGGAGAAUGAGAUUCUGACUGAGCAGGAGGAGCUUGUAGCCAUGGAGCAGUUUCUGCGCAGACAGAUCGCCUCAGAGAAAGAAGAGAUAGAGCGUCUGAGAGCGGAGAUUGCAGAAAUCCAGAGUCGUCAACAGCAUGGUCGAAGUGAAACUGAGGAGUAUUCCUCUGAUAGUGAGAGUGAGAGUGAAGAUGAAGAGGAACUGCAGAUCAUCCUGGAGGAUUUACAGAGACAAAACGAGGAGCUGGAGAUCAAGAACAAUCACUUGAACCAAGCAAUCCACGAAGAGCGGGAGGCCAUCAUUGAACUGCGAGUGCAGCUUCGGCUGCUGCAGCAGCAGCGGGCACAGGCCGAGCAGCAGGUGCCUGAUGAGGAGGAACCCGAGUGGCGUGGGGCCGGAGUUCAGCCACCCAGAGACAGUGCACACGAAACAAAAGCAGUGAAAGAGCAGCCAAAGGCCAUCAAGGAGCAAAGAAAGCCGUCGCCAAGCAAGGACAGGAAGGAAACGCCCAUCUGA